CCCGCUCCGAGCCUCUCACAUUCCACAAUCCACACACAAGCAAACACGCGCAGUCUCUCUGAAGAGUCCCCUACGAACCGGACAGAUCCAGCAGCCAGCCACAGAGAAGAUCGACUUCCUCCUCGCCGGCCGUGCAAAGUGAUCGAGUGAGUGACCUCCCGCGCGGCGCGCCAUGGGCGGUCUGGCAUGGAUGGUGGCCGCGGCCGCCGCCGCGGUGGCGGCGUCGUGGGCGUUCAACGCGCUGCUGCUGCACCUCGUCUGGCGCCCCUACGCCGUCACCCGGAGGAUGGCCGCGCAGGGCGUGCGCGGGCCGGCCUACAGGUUCUUCUUCGGGAACCUCGGCGAGAUGAGGCGCCUCCGCGCCGAGGCCGCGGGCGCCACGCUCGCCGUCGGCGACCACGACUUGGUCCCCCUGGUGAAGCCCUACCACCGCAAGUGGAUGUCGCUCUACGGCCGGUUGUUCUUGUACUGGAACGGGGCGACGCCGAACGUGUGCGUGGCGGACGUGAACGUCGUCAGGCAGGUGCUCUCCGACCGCACCGGGCUCUACCCCAAGAACCUCACGAACCCGCACAUUAGCCGCCUGCUCGGCAAGGGGCUCGUCUUCGCCGACGGCGACGACUGGAAGCGCCACCGCAAGGUCGUGUACCCGGCCUUCAACAUGGACAAGCUCAAGAUGAUGACGGCGACCAUGUCCAACUGCGCUCGGUCUAUGAUGUCCGAGUGGGAGGCGCAGCUGGCCAAGGCGCCCGGCGGCGUGGAGAUCGAGAUGAGCAGCCGGUUCGAGGAGCUCACCGCCGACGUGAUCUCGCACACGGCGUUCGGGAGCAGCUACAGGGAGGGGCGGCAGGUCUUCCUGGGACAGAGGGAGCUCCAGUUUAUCGCCUUCUCCACGGCCUUCAAUGUCCAGAUCCCGGCGUUCAGGUACCUCCCAACGGAGAAGAACCUGAGGGUAUGGAAGCUGGACAAGCAGGUGAGGACCAUCCUCAUGGGCAUCAUCGAGAGCCGGCUCGCCGCCAAGGACACCGCCGGCUACGGGAACGACCUGCUCGGGCUGAUGCUGGAGGCGUGCGCGCCGGAGCACGGCGGCGAGAGCCCGGUGCUGAGCAUGGACGAGAUUAUCGACGAGUGCAAGACCUUCUUCUUCGCGGGGCACGACACCACCUCGCACCUCCUCACCUGGGCCUCGUUCCUGCUGAGCACGCACCCGGACUGGCAGGACAAGCUCCGGGAGGAGGUGCGGCGGGAGUGCGGCGACCAGGAGCCCAACGGCGACAUGCUCAACAAGCUCAAGCUAGUGAACAUGUUCCUCCUGGAGACCCUGCGGCUAUACGGCCCCGUGUCCAUGAUCCAGAGGAAGGCGAGCUCGGACCUCGACCUUGGUGGCAUCCGGGUGCCCGAGGGCGCCAUCGUGACGAUCCCAAUUGCGACGAUCCACCGUGACAAGGAGGUCUGGGGCCAGGAUGCUGGCGAGUUCAAACCCGAGAGAUUUGAGAAUGGGGUGACAAGGGCGGCCAAGCACCCGAACGCGCUGCUAUCCUUCUCCAGCGGGCCGAGGUCGUGCAUCGGGCAGAACUUCGCCAUGAUCGAGGCCAAGGCUGUGGUCGCCAUGAUCCUGAAGAAGUUCAAGCUCGAGCUGUCACCCAAGUACGUGCACGCGCCCAUGGAUGUGCUCACACUGCGGCCCAGGCAUGGGCUUCCCAUGAUCCUCAAGCGUCUGGAGGCGUAAGAGUCGCGCUCUGCACAUGCAUGCUGCAGACGGAGUAGUAUCUGUCAGUUCGAAAAAAUAUAUUUUUAAUUCAUUUUCAUUUGAUGUGUUGUAAUUUUGUUGGAUUCAUAAGUAAUGAAAUUUGGGCAUGACCCCUAGUGUAAAAUUUUCAUUUGACAUGUAAAAUAUAUAGAACUACAGCCAGUAUAUGUAAGUUUUAGAUUGUUAUGUUAUUUAUAAAAGUUUUGAGAUUUCUCUUGCAUCA